AUGCAGUCCUUCAUUGCUCAACAGCAAACGAGCUUCCUUGUUGCAACUAUGAGCAAGUAUUCAUCCGCAGUGAGGAAUAUGGAGCAGACAAUCAUGCUUCCCAGCCUCCUUCAAGACAUCGCUUUGGAGGAUCAAGAUGAAGGAAAAGAUGCCUCAGUCAGUUCGCAGAACUUGUAUGAAUGCUAUAUUCAGCUGAAAUCCAUCAAAAACAUUGUGGAGAGCGGUCGGCUGCCCCCUGAAGAUUUGAAACAAAAAAUCAAUUAUGCCUAUAACUUGGAAGAUGAAGACGAGGCAAAUUUAGAGACACUUUUCUAUGUCCAUGUGAAGGGGCUCUGCACUGUGUUGAAUUCACUGACCAAAAAAGCUAACAUGCUGACCAGCAGAUAUGAGGAUGUGAUAGGACUGUCUUUGUAG